CGAACCUACCCGAAACGUUCCCCGAUGGCCCGAGAUGUGUUGGAGCACUACCAGAAAAAACUUGUAAAAAAAACCCCGUCAAAAUCGAACGACAUAGACUCGAGCUCCUCGAGUGAGGACGAGGCGCCCCCAAAACCCCGAAUUAACGGGACGACAAAACUCCAGAAGAAGAAGGCCGUCUCCUCAGACUCCGACACAAACAACCACUCUAACUCUUCAGAGAAAAAUUACUCGCAGGGAAAAUCAACAGCUGCAGCGAAGCAUGCAACCAGAUUAACACUCAACGACUCUCCUGCGAGCUCCUCAGACGAAGAGAAAAACUCCAAGCCCAUUGUCUCAUCUACAGCAAGAUCGCCAGCUGCUAAAGUCCCGGCGAAGAAACUAGAGUCUUCGAGUGACACAUCAGACUCUGAUGAAGACUCCAAGGCGAAAGCUGGCACUAAACCUCAAACGAAACUGCAGGUGAAAUCCCAGAUGAAGAAACAACAGAAGUCAGUAGAGCAUGGUUCUUCAGAGGAUGAGGAAGUCGUCAAGAAUGCUCCGAAGGGUGUGACUGCCAAGGCUAAAACGAAG